GUGAAUUUUUAAGAAAAAUAAUACAAAUGACUAGACUUUCAAAGAUUUUAGUUGGCUUUUGGUCAAGAACCCAACCAUUUCAGUCCAGUGGAAAGGUUGUCACAGCCCAAUGGAGGAGAUCUUGUGCAUCAAUAGCUCCAGCAGUUCGCGUUGCAGAGAGAAGUCAGAUUCAGGACAGUGAAGAUGAAAUUGAGGUAAAAUCAAAGCUAAAGGCAACUGGGAUAUCUCCUAAUCUAACAGAUAAAUUUGGAAGACAUCAUACAUAUCUUAGAAUUUCUCUCACAGAAAGGUGCAAUCUAAGAUGUCAAUACUGCAUGCCUUCAGAUGGAGUAGAAUUGACACCAAAACAAAAAUUAUUGUCAACAGGGGAGAUAAUCAAGUUAUCAGAACUCUUUGUCAAAGAGGGAAUACAAAAGAUACGACUAACAGGAGGAGAACCUUUAGUCAGAUCUGAUCUUAUUGAAAUCAUUGGUGCUUUAAAUGACCUGCGUCCACAUGGGUUAGAAAACAUUGCAAUGACAACAAACGGCAUUACAUUAGCAAGAAAAUUACCUCAGUUGAAAGCCAAUGGGCUUGAUAGUCUCAAUGUUAGUUUAGAUACAUUAAUUCCUGCAAAGUUUGAGUUUAUAACCAGAAGAAAAGGAUGGGAUAGAGUAAUGAAAGGGAUAGAUACCGCUGUAGAGCUGGGAUAUGGUCCAGUAAAGGUGAAUUGUGUGGUAAUGAGAGGUGUCAAUGAAGAGGAAAUCUGUGAUUUUGUUGCAUUGACAGAAAAAAAGAAUGUUGACAUUAGAUUUAUUGAGUAUAUGCCAUUUGAUGGCAAUAAAUGGAAUUUUAAGAAGAUGGUGUCAUACAACGAAAUGUUAGACAUUAUUAAAACAAGAUGGCCAGAUUUUCAGAGAAUACAAGACAGACCAAAUGACACUUCAAAAGCUUACAAAGUGCCAGGAUUUGAAGGACAAGUUGGUUUCAUUACAUCAAUGAGUGAACAUUUUUGUGGAUCCUGCAAUAGACUUAGGAUGACUGCUGAUGGUAACUUGAAGGUAUGUUUGUUUGGCAAUUCCGAGGUUUCUUUACGAGAUAUGAUGAGAAAUACUGAUAAUGAGACAGAGAUACUGGAUGUGAUUGGAGCAGCUGUCCAAAGGAAGAAAAAACAACAUGCAGGAAUGUUUGAUCUUGCCAAAAUGAAGAACAGACCUAUGAUAUUAAUUGGAAAUCGACAGAAAUUUGAUGGUCUUCCUUUCGCCAAGUCAAGAAUCUUCAACAUUGUGAAUCAUUUAAACCAGACAAUUAAACCAAAUUAUGCCAUGAUGGCUGUAAGAAAUUUACACAUCGAUGAAAACAGUGCCUUCAAAUAUUGGGAAAAAGAACAAGCUGAAAAAGACUAUGUGACAGAAAAUUAUUGGGAAACAAAAUUAUCAGAAGAUUCUUCGGUAGAAAAGGGAGAUAAUAAGCACACCACCGCCAUUGGUGAUCAUGUUUUUAAUUCAAAUGACAAUUAUUCUAAUAAGCAGAGCUGUGAUAAACAAUUAACCCAUGUUGAUUCUUCUGGAAAAGCUAAAAUGGUUGAUGUUGGUGGGAAAAACGAAUCAUAUAGAGUUGCUAUGGCAACGGCAACUAUUAUUUUAGGGAAAGAAGCAUUUGACCUACUGAGAGAUAAUAAGAUAAAGAAAGGUGAUGUUCUCUCAGUGUCCAAUAUUGCAGGAAUUAUGGGAGCUAAAAGAACCCAUGAUCUUAUACCACUUUGCCAUAACAUUCCAUUGUCCAAGGUUAGUGUCAACUUCAUGUUAGAAAAGACAACCCAGAGUGUGAUCAUAACCUCUGAAGUUAAAACUUAUGGCAAAACCGGUGUAGAAAUUGAAGCCAUAACAGCUGUCAGCAUUGCAGCAGUUACUAUAUAUGAUAUGUGUAAGGCAGUAACUAAGUCGAUGAUUAUAACUGAUAUUAAACUUUUACAUAAAUCAGGAGGUGCAAGUGGCCAGUAUAAUAUAGGAGAAAAUUAAGAAACAUUCAAAUAGUGUCACCUUUCAUCAUUGUUAGAACAUUGAUUAGAAAAUCAUUGAUCCUUUUUCAAUGCUGAUAUUUGUUUCAAAUAUACUGUGGAUUCAUUUAUUUUCGUCGGUACAAAUUUUCUUUGAUACAGGAAAACUUGUAUGUUUUUGUGGAUAUUUACUUUCAUCGUUUUGCCGAGGUCUGCAUACAAGCUUAUUGAAAAUUUGUCAUUCCUUGAACAUUUAAUUUCAUGGUUUACCUUCAACCAUGAAAUCCACGAAAAUUGGUAUCCAAUGAAUAAUAAUGAAUCGUUAGUAGUUGAAUAUGGUUGUGCAUACUUAAAUAUGGUUGAAGUUUGAUUGUUCUUUAAAGUUUAAAUCUUGUUUUUAUUUUAUUUGUUUUUAUGCCCCUGUCACUAAGUGAUACAGUAUUGGGCAGUAACCAUGUUUUCUUCCUUCUGAAAUCAAAUAGGUAUCCAAUUUUUUUAUCCUUUGAGGGGAAAGUUUACUGUUUUCCUAUGAUUUUUCGUGUAAAGAAAAUGUAAAGCAGUUAAUUUCCCCUCAAAGUUGUGCUGAUUUUAAAGCUUGUUAUUAAUUCUUUACGUUGCUCUUACUUGACUUGAUACAAGGAUGUACUAGUUAACACCUGUCUAUUGUUCAAUCUAAAAUGCCAUUUUAAUUUGCCAAGUUUUGCCUGAUGUGUGAAACGUUAACUGUUUAUGGUCUAUUGGCAUGAUUGUGGAAGGGUGAAAUUUCAUGUUGGCAUAGCAAUCAAAUAUAAUACCUCUUUUCCAUUGUAUGGAUUAUUUUUUUUAUAUCACUCAUCCAUUAUUUUCUUUAAGUACCUGCAAGUUGUGGCAUUUCUGAAUCUGCAUUUUUUCCCCACGUGGUUUGUUUUCAUUCUAUUAAAAUAUGAUGAAUGUGUCAUUUGUAAGAUUUUAACUUUCUUUGAAAUCCAUUGCAUUAAAUUGUCAUUAUGUUUCAAGUUUGUAAAGAAAAGAUUAUUCAAUUUGGUAUAGCAUUUUAUGAAGCUGUCCCACUUUAUGCUGACAGAAAAUAAUCAAUUUCAUUUCUUGAGGUAUUGCUUACAAUACACCUUAUCACUAUUUAGUCUU